AUGGCUCGCUCGGCAACCCUUAAGUUCUCAGACAUGCGCGAAGAGAAGUUCCAUCUUAUCAUUGGAUGUACCGGCAAGCGACCAAACUGGGCCAUCCUGAAAGAUCUACCCCCGGAUGCCAUCUCAGAAAAGACUUCGCAGAUUGUUGUGCGACAAAUCUCCAAGUUCUUUCACCAGAUCUCCGAGGGGGCUCUGAUCUUCCCAUCUUUGCACUCGGAGAUGUGGCAGUUCAUGGAGGCCCGCGUAUGGCUCGUGCCGGAUGGCUGCAAGCCGGUGUGGACGCAGUUCUGCAGUCGCAAAACAGGAGCAGGAUUGGGAUAA